UCAGUCUUGUAUUUAGUUCAGUGUUUUAUGUCUUUAUAUGUGCUUAUAGGAACAUUACGGAGAUUUGCAUUCCUUAAUGGCGCCCAGUAGCCUUGGAUAUAACAUCUAGUCAUUUAACAAUGUGUAUUUGUUUGUUGGCGUGUUUAAUAGACAAUGUAUUGAUGUUCUAAGGAUUCAUGUAUUGAUGUUUUCAGGAAGGAUAUAGAUCGAUACGCUCUGAUCGUGCGGCAACUGACUUUGGUACCAGACAAAACAAUAUUCACACAACAAACAGACACAUUAGGUUGUUUGUUUUGAUGGAUUGGUGUGGUGGCCUUUUCUAUAUCUGAAGAGAAUAAUAUAUAGAUCAUGAAUGUAAUCAGCAAUUAUCAAACCUAGGUUACUUGCAGUGAGGAUUUGCAGGAAAACAGUUGGUAUGUAGCAUGAAGCACAAAGCACGAAUAGUUGUAGCGUCUAUUAUUGUUUUCACUACUGUGGUGACCAUUUUAUUGUUGGCCGAGCUGUCUUCCAGCGACGAUGAUCUGAGAUACUAUGACACGAAGUUAGGUUCCUUGCAAGGUCAUUUUGAGGAUGCGCUUGGACUGCGAAAGUUCAGUAAAAGGCCGGAUCUUAGCCUGAAAAAUAUAGAUGACGUCAAAGAUCAUCUUUACAGUAACAGCAGGGGAGAUAACUCACGUGAGAAGACUUUAGCAAACCUAACAGUAAUGUUUGACGAAACUGUGGAAAGGUUGCUUGAAAAGCUAGAACUGUUCAGUAGAUUUGGCUACACAAAGGAGUCGCUACGAGAGACAAAAUUCAGCGAGAUGGUCUUGAAGCUUGGUAGACGUUCAAGGGAAAGAUCCAAGCUCCUCCUCCCACUAGACACAUGGAAACUGUCAGACAAAAGAACGAGCAACUAUUAUAAAUUUCACCAUAACGUUCGGGCUGGAGCCCUCUAUGAUCCUUUAGACCCAUCCAUAGAAGGACUGCUGUAUGACAUGGAAACAGACGAGUUUGAUUCUAUCGAGAUGAUGGAGAGAGGAACAGAGCUGAAGUUAUUGGUGAGGUUUAGAGGAGGAACAAAGGCGGUCUUCAAACCAAUGCGAUGGGGAAGAGACUACGAAACUUUGCCGAACCACUUUUAUUUCAACGACUAUGAAAGACAUAACGCUGAGAUUGCUGCGUUCCAUUUAGACAGGCUUCUAGGCUUUUAUCGUGUUCCUCCAGUAACUGGACGUCUGGUGAAUAUGACCAAAGAGAUUUUUCUUCUUGCUGAAAGGAAAUUAAAAAAGACAUUUUAUGUUUCACCAGUGGGAAACCUUUGCUUCUAUGGCGAAUGUUCCUAUUACUGUGAUAGUCGACAUUCAUUUUGCGGUAAUGUUGAUAUGAUUGAGGGAUCACUCAUGGUAUGGCUGCCCGAACCACCUGACGGUGAUAGAGAUCGUUGGAAGAGUCCUUAUAGAAGAUCAUACAGCAAGUUACGAAAAGCUGUAUGGGAAUCAGAUGAUGAUUAUUGCAGAAAACUUACAAAAAAUCCGCCAUAUCUCUACAAAAGAUUCAUCCCUGAUCUCAUAGAUUCUCAUGUUUUUGAUUUUUUGACGGGAAAUAUGGAUAGACAUCAUGUAGAGGUGUUUAGGCAUCUCAGAAAUAAAACCUGUCCUGUCCACCUCGAUAACGGAAGAGGGUUUGGUAAACCCAAUGUUGAUGAGUUUUCUAUUAUAACCCCGCUACGUCAGUGUUGCCAAAUAAGGAAAUCCACGUUUCUGAAACUUGCUAAGCUUUAUACGGGUCCAGAAAAACUGAGUGAACUUUUAGAUGAUUCGAUGAAAUCGGAUCCUGUUUAUCCAAUACUCUUACAAGGUCAUUUAAAUGCCGUAGACAGGCGUGUAGUUCAUAUAUUAAGAAUCGUCGCUGAAUGUGUAGAUGCGGCGAAAUCUCCUGACGCAGUUAUAAUAAAUGAUGGCUACUAGUGCAAUGUGUAGAUCCGGUGAAAUGUCCUUACAUCAUUGUGACAAAUUACGAUUACAAGUACAGUGAGCGGAUGUGUAGAUGCGACGAAAUCUUCUGACGUAGUUGUAAAUGAUAGCUGCUAGAAUAGUGAGUAAAUGUGUGUAUGCGGCGGAAUCUCCUAAAUGAUGGUUACUAGUACAGUGUGUAGAUCCGAUGAAAUCUCUAUCCAUAUCUCCUUUUGACAACUGACGAAAAUACAAAAAUGUAGUAAAGUGUGUGAAUGGUGGAUUCGGCGAAAUCUCCUGAAGAAGUUAUGUGAUUGCUAGUAAUGCAGUACCUGAAUGAGUGGAUGCGGCGAAAUCCCCUGACGCAGUUAUAAAUGAUUGCUACUAAUGCAGUAACUGAAUGUAUGGAUGCGGCUAAAUCUCAUGACGCAGUUAUAAAUGAUUGCUACUGGUGCAGUGACUGAAUGUGUGUAUGCGGCGACAUCCCCUUACGCAAUUAUAAAUGAUCGCUACUAGUACAGUGAGUGAAUGUGUAGAUGCCGUUUAAUAAUAAAUGAUGGUUGUUAGUGCAGUGAAUGAAUGUGUAGAUAUGGUGACUCUUGAAUGAUGGCUGCUGGUAUAGUGAGUGAAUUUGUUGAAAUACGGCAAAAUCUCCCGACUCACUUUUUUAGAUGAUGGCUACUGGUACAGUGAAUGAAUGUGUAGAUGAGGCGAAAUCUCCUAUUGCGGUUUUCUUAAAUGUUGGCUACUAGUGAAAUGAUAGUUAGUGUGUGUUAUAAAAUACUUCUUGUGCAAGAAUCUCCCACCUAUUAUUGCAUUAAUACCGCCAACUUAUAAAUUUGGAAAACGGUAUAUAUUUGUUUAAAGUUGUUCGUCCACUGAUUUCAUUCGAUUUGUCUUUCUGACCAAAUCUUGCUUUAUGUACUAUGAAGACGAGUUGAACUCAUUAUACGAGUAUCUCUAAUCAAGAUCUGGAAAUCUGUGUUUUGAUUUUUUCUUAUUUUCUCAUCAUAGUCUUCUUAUGGAUACAUUCUUACAUAUUUGAUUCUUGUGUCUUAUAGACUUAAGCAGUUAUUUACAUUUCUUUUCCAGAUUUAUUGUUUUUCAUUACUUUAUAGGAAUGCGGCAAUGACUUACCCUUACCUUUUCUUUUUACUUAAUUUUGUUUCUUCCGAAGUCAUGAUCCUCAGCAUAACUGAUCUGUUUCUUAAACUAUUAUUGUAAUAAUUCAUACUUACAUUGUAUUCAUUAUUUCCUAUCGAUUUGUUGAACUUCUGCCGGUUUCUUUAAAGUAUGACGUCUUGUGUGAAAACAUGGAUAUACAAAAUUUAUAUAAAAACUGCUUUUAUUUAUAUAAAAACUGCUUUAUAUAUAUUUAAUGUCCUGCAUUUUGUUUUUUUCGUUUAACUACAAACUAAAUAGUGUUGAUACCUAUCUCGGCAGAUCAAGCUGUUAUGGUUCAAAUAUUGUUGAAGUCAACAAGUCAAUUGUUAAUGUUGAAUAAAUAUUAUUUAUUGAGACGUUGACAUUUUAAAUGAAUAAAAUGUAAGAACUAA